AAUUUUUUCUAAAUUUGCACAAUAUUUUGAUAUAAUAAUUAAUAUUCAAAAAUCAUUGUGUAAAAAGUAAAUGAGACCUUAGAACUGGACAUAGUAGUAUUAUUUUUUCUUUACUCUACAAAGUAAAUAUUUUUUUUUUAUCUUUUUCUUUUUAAUUGAUCAAAUGAACAUUCAAUUGGAUACUAAUAGAGUAUAAAACAAAUACAAGCACAGCCGAAUAUCCAGCUGAUCGAAAGCUGCACUUUUGGUGGCGUAUAAUAAUUGUGUAAGGCACAGACUACAUACAUUUUGCAUGAUUUUAGAUCAUAACUGUUGAAUGCUAAUUAAUACUAUAAAACCAAAAUUUUUCUGAACUUGAAUUCUGAAACAACCACCAAAAUAAAAUAGAUCUCAAGCAUUAGAUUUUUUUUUUUUUGUUUUAAUUAAUAAUCAUAGUCAACAAAGCAAAUUUAUUCCGAUUUUACAAUAAUGGCAGUCGAAGAUAUGUAUUUUCUUGGUGGAUGUAUUAUUUUCCUGAUCUUGUUUGUUGUGUUCUAUACAUUAUGGAUGAAAACUACACAUUCGAUCAAUGUUUCUGAUAAUGACUGCAUAAAGAAAUCUGUCGUGGACGAUGACGUUCAGCCGGAGCUCCAUGGCCACGCCGACGUUAUAAUUGUUGGCGCCGGAGUUGCUGGGUCGGCGCUGGCCUAUGCUCUUGGCAAGGAUGGGCGACAAGUUCAUGUGAUCGAAAGGGACUUAAAAGAGCCGGACCGUAUCGUGGGCGAAGUUUUACAACCCGGCGGGUUCUUGAAAUUGAUGGACUUGGGCCUUGAAGAUUGUAUAAGAGAUAUUGAUGCUCAACAACUUCUUGGUUAUGUUCUUUACAAGGAUGGUGAAAGUAUUAUGCUGCCUUAUCCCUUAGAGACAAAAGGGAUGUGCUUUCACAAUGGCAGGUUUGUACACAGGAUGAGACAAAAGGCAAGAACCAUUCCCAAUGUUCGACUUCAGCAAGGGUCGGUAGCUUCGCUGAUCGAAGAAAAGGGAGUGAUUAAGGGAGUUCGAUACAAAACUAAAAAUAGUCAAGCCAUAGCUUCUGCUUAUGCUCCGCUCACUAUUGUUUGCGAUGGUAGCUCUUCGAACUUACGACGCGCUCUAUGUACUCCUAAGGUGGACAUUCCCUCUUGCAUGGUCUGUUUGAUCUUGCAAGAUUGCGAAUUGCCAUAUCCUAACUACAGCCAUGUAGUACUUGCACCCGAUCAUUCACUACUAUUUUAUCGCAUCAGCACCACAGAAAUUCGCUUCAUGAUCGAUAUCCCGAGGAAGAAGCUGCCAUGCAUUUCCAAUUACUUGAAAACUGUCGUCGCUUUUAAGAUUCCUCCCAUUCUUUACGGCGCAUUCAUAGCUGCAAUCGAUGAAGGAAAAAGAAGGAUGACGCCGAACAAAUGCAUGCCAGGAAACCCUAAUUGCACUCCCGGCGCAGUUCUAAUUGGCGAUGCGCUGAAUAUGCGGCAUCCUAUAUUAGGUGGCGGAAUGACCGUAGCCCUAUUCGACGUAGUUCUCCUUCGCGAUCUUCUUACACGCGUACGAGACCUACACGACACAAAUGAUCUAUCCACGCAUAUCAAAUCAUUCUAUGCUCUAAGAAAGCCAUUUGCAUUCACAAUAAAUGUGUUUGCUGGAGGAAUACACACAAUUGUCGACUCAUCCAAAGUCGCCCCCGGAUCGAAUGAACACGAUGACGACGUCAAGGAGGCGUUGCAACAAAUAUGCUUCAAGUAUUUAAGCCUGGGAGGGAUUUUCUCCAGCAGCACCAUCGCCGUUGUUUGCGGCCUCUUCUCGCAUCCAUUAAUGGUCUUCUUCCAUAUAUCGGGUUUGGCCGUCUAUGGACUUAUUCACAUUUUUCUUCCAUUUCCAUCCCCAAGAAGGCUGUGGUUGGGAGCUAGGCUCUUAUGGGGUGGCUGCAUGCUUCUUUUUCCAGUCGUGAAGGCUGAGGGUAUCACAGUGAAAUUGUUGUUCCUUUAUAUUAUUCCAGAGUUUCUUAGAGGUCAUAUUGUUAAGUUUCUUUCAUUAUGAUUUUUAUGUUUUUUUUCUCAACUACAUUCAUACACACACCGGGAUCGAACCCGGGUCAUAAGUAUAUAACAUUAUGAUCUUUUUACAAUUCAUAAGCAUAUACUAACAUUAUGAUCUUUCAGAAAA